ACGGUGUUCUCCGUGAACUUCUCUCCCGCGUGCUGGUUGUGUCUGUGUGAGCUCGACGACGAUCAAAGCCGUGUUUCGAAGCCUGAAAUCCCAUUGUUUUAAGUAUUGGUUAUCUCUCGGCAUUUCGAACGUACUGAGUGGUUGGCCCUCUCUAGCGUUUACGCGUUGUCGUCGUCUCCGACGCCGUCAUUGUGUCUCGACCGGUGUGCCAAACGGUACGAUCCGGUUGGUCGGUCGGUCAGUCGGUCGGUGGCUAAGUCGGUUUGUGUAUCAUUAGUACCUCUUCGCGAAGAGGAGCUGCUUGAGGGGGUGUUUCGUUUGCCGCUGACGGUCAUUCAUCCUUCGUAGAGUCCGUUGUGUGUCGAGCCCGGUUCGAGGUGCAUGUCCUUCAGAGCGACGUCAUGAGCUCGGCGAAGGACAUCGCUGAAAGUGUUCCCUGUAAGCUGGCGCGGCUUGAUGCCAUCGCCAGUUCUCUGGUGCACCCCACUCAAGAUACUCAUACGCAGUCCAGAGAGGAAAUGAACUCUCCGGUUCAGCAGCAAGAUCUGCAGCCGCAACCCGAUCCAGAUGCGAUCAAAAUGUUCGUCGGACAGAUCCCCCGGAACUGGGAUGAGAACGAACUAAGAAAUCUUUUCGAAGAAUUCGGAAAGGUUCACUCGAUCAACGUUCUUCGCGAUAAGGCCACCGGAAACAGUCGAGGAUGCUGCUUUGUGACUUUCUACACUCGCAAGUCCGCACUGGAUGCUCAGAACGAUCUCCACAACAUCAAGACGCUGCCCGGCAUGCACCAUCCCAUACAGAUGAAACCUGCUGACAGCGAGAAUCGGAACGAACGAAAACUCUUCAUCGGAAUGCUGUCGAAAGAGUGCGACGAGUCCGACGUCCGUCUCAUGUUCUCGUCCUUCGGGACGAUCGAAGAAUGCACAGUUCUUCGGGACGGCCAAGGCCAGAGCAAAGGAUGCGCCUUCGUGACCUACUCCACUCGCCAGUGUGCAAUAAACGCUAUCAAAUCGAUGAAUCACUCGCAAACCAUGAAAGGUUGCAGCAAUCCACUCGUUGUAAAGUUCGCUGACACUCAAAAAGAGAAAGAUCAGAAAAAGCAGCAACAGAUGAUCACGAACCUCUGGAACAUGGCGAACAUCGUCAAUCUCUCGCAAACGCCUCAGACGUACAUGGUCAGUCCAGCUACUCAGAACAGCUUCAGCGGAUUCACUCAAGCAACACCUGUUCCAAACAUCGCUCAGUUGGCAACAUUGGUCGCUGCCAACGGAGGUGCGGUUUCAGGCUACACAGCUCAACCAUCCGCACUGUCCGCCCUCACAGCCACAGCCAAUCCUGGUGGAGAUGUCAACGCCGCGAAUCUCCAGUCGAUCGCCGCGUUAGCUCAACUCGCCAACAGCCCGCAAGGAGCCGGCGGUCUGAACCCCGUUGUGAUGCAGAACAUCGCGUCCGCAUUGGCUUCGGCUGCCGCGCAAUCGAAUGGAUCCCCAUCAGGAAACUCUUCCAUGUCGGGAGUGUCUUCUCUCAGUCCCGUUUCACUCAAUUCACUCGCCAACGGAAUGGCGAAUCAUCACCAGGGUGAGCGGAGCGGUCGCAUGGAUUCUCACCUGACCCAGACGUAUCAUCCAGCGACUAUUCCGGCAUCGUUCGUCAACUUGACAACGAUCCAGAGCCCGGCCGGAAAGCAGAUCGAAGGUCCGGAUGGAGCGAACCUCUUCAUUUAUCAUCUCCCUCAAGAGUUCGCCGACAUUGACCUCGUCCAGGCUUUCAUGCCGUUCGGUCAGGUGAUCUCGGCGAAGGUGUUCAUAGACAAGCAGACGAACCUAUCCAAAUGUUUCGGAUUUGUGUCGUACGCGAGUCCAGUGAGCGCCCAAGCCGCCAUCCAGUCCAUGAACGGUUUCCAGAUCGGAGCCAAGAGACUGAAGGUGCAAUUGAAAAGGUCAAAGGAUCAGGGCACACCGUACUGAUGAUGCGCAAUAAUUCAAGUCGACCGGAUCACCGCCAGCACCAGCAUCACCGGCGGGAACAAUCGUCGUCAUCACGAAAUAUUCUCGUAGCCAUCAGUAUUUUUCCAUCCGAGGUCAGGAAGUUGAUUGAUAGGAAGAAAGGCUUGUGUACACGAUUAGGAUCAGAUGUUCGAAGAAAAUGCUUGCGACGAGGCUUACGAUGGCGGUAAGAGUGACGCGAUAAUGGUGAUGAGGGACGACGAUUAAAGCCAUGGUGAUGGGGGUGAUGGCGAUGAUGACAAGAGUCGUCUAUAGGUACUAGACGAAUAUUAUAUACUUUAAUUCUGAGAUGAUUUCCGGCUCGAGUGGAGACCGGCGCUGUGAUGCUGUAACGACGAUCGGCCUGUACACACAGACAAUUAGCGGUACCUAGCGGAUCGAAGCUUAGAAAGAGGCGACGAAGGAUUUGCCGACGCUUUUUUGUUGUCGUCGUCAUCGUUUCCGCCGGCACACCAGAACGGGAAGACCUCGGCGAGGACGGUGAAUACAGAACGAGAGAGAGAAAGAGACAGAUAGAGAGAAAGCGAGCGAGACAGACAAAUAGAGAGAGAGAGAUAGACAGACAGACAGAAAAUAUUUAUUCAGAGAGAGGAAGACCUUUGCGUACACCCAGCGCAAUGCUCUACAAGUAUAACAUUAAAUGCUCAACGAAGACAAAGGGGUAAUAUAUAUAUUUUUAUAUUGCAAC